GGGACACGUGGUCGCGGUGGGCGGGGCUGCGUCGGUCACGUGAUGUUUGGGUGCCGGCGGUGAGGGGCGCGCGGCUGCAGGAACACUACUGCUGAGCUGGGCCUUGGGUCCAUUGGGUUAUUGCUGCCAAAUUCCCAACAAGUUGCUUCACAGCACAGCAGAAUAAAAUUGUGGGUGAGAUUAGAAGAAAGUCUCGUGUGCCCAGGAGAGAAGGACUUGGGAAGCAGCUGGUUUGAAGUGUACUCCAGCAUCCAUCACCAUCCAGAAAAUGUCUUAUGGAUCCAUUGAUGGGAGUGGAUUUGGGAGCAGGAACCCAUUUGGAGGCCCUUCGAGACAAGGCUAUCAACCUCUGGCCACCCAGAUUGAUCCCAGCGAGCUGCAGGAACUUUUUCAGGAGACUUCAGCCAAUGUCUUCCGAAUUAACUCCAAUGUGACCUCUCUGGAAAGAAGUCUUCGAUCCCUGGGGACCUCGAAUGAUACUCAAGAGCUGCAGGAUGGACUGCAUGCCACCCAGCAGGAGACUAAUAAAACCAUCACGACGAGCACCAAAGCCAUCAAGCAGCUGUCUGAGGUUGUCAGAGGCUCAUCCAGGCAAGAAAGGCUUCAGCUGGACAGGCUGAAGAACCAGCUGUCAGAUGCCAUCCAGAGAUACGGAGCUGUGCAGAAAAAAAUAGCAGAGAAAUCCAAAUCUUUGCUUCCUACUGGGCAGAGAAGCACCAAACAGCAGAGCCCCAAGGCCCCCUUCUCUGACCUGCCUGAUGAUGAGAAGAUCUUUAACGGAGGCGAUGGCGUGUGGCAGAACCAGGGCCAGGACCAAGCCUUGCUCUCGGAAAUCACGGAGGAGGAUUUGGAAGCCAUCCGCCAGCGGGAAGAGGCCAUCCAGCAGAUUGAGAGCGACAUGUUGGAUGUGAACCAGAUCAUCAAAGACUUGGCCUCCAUGGUGCACGAGCAAGGAGACACAAUAGAUAGCAUUGAAGCCAACAUUGAGGCCUCUUCUUCCAACGUAGAAUCAGCCAAUGAGCAGUUGGCAAAAGCAAGUCAGCACCAAAGCCCGUGGUCACCUGGGAAGUGGAAUGGAUUCUCAAAGCAUUGCACACUCAGCCCCCACGUCCGUGUCUGCAUUUAUGAUCACGUCAUAUUAAACCUGCUAUAGCCAACAAGCACUAAUUGUGUGAAAGAAAAGUUAAGUUUUAUACUGUGUGUUGGUAUCAUUGUGAAUAAUUUUGCCUGUUUUCCCCCCUCUUCAUCGUAGGCAUGUUUUACCUUAUGUUAUAGAUUUUAAUUAUGCCCCCUUGUAUCUGGGGAAUUCUAUUUCUUUGCCUCCACAUUUGCUAUACAAUGUGCUGUAAGAUAAGUAGCUGUUAAUUCAUCUCUAUUGUUUGUGUUUUUAACAUGCUCCUGAUCUCCAAUUCUGCUCAUUUAAAACUGUAAAAGUCAAGAUGUUUGUCUGGUUCUUUUUUUUUUUUUCUUUGUUACUGUUUUUGUAUGUUUAAAAAUUAAUUUAGCUCAGAUUCCCCUACUGUGCACUGCUGCUUUAGAAUUUGCUCUGCUGGAUCUGAGCUAAGCACUUCCACAAUUUCAUGUGCCAUUUACAACACAUCAAUUAGAUGCUUAUUUGAUCCCACUGUAUGCACAGAACACCAUAUUUAUUCAUGAGAAACAUCACUGAAAGAGCAGGAUAAAUAAACAAACUAUUAUAUUACAAUUUUUCGGCGGCCUUUAAAAAAAAACCAAGUAAGAUAUCUCAUGAAAAAUGCCAAAUCUUGCUUUAGACUUCAUUUAAUAGGUUUCAAUGCAACCACCAUUUGUGAUUUUGUUCCAUUUUCAUCCAUAAUGUGUUCUCUUUACAACAUGAUUGAAAGUGCCAUUUAAAUUCAUCUUUAAAUGUGUCAUGUAUUAUAAAUGCAAUUUUCCUCCAGUAAAUAAAGCAUUUCAAAAAUUGUUUUAAUUAAAAUGCCAUAGGAAUUACUGAAGAUAAUUUAA